UCACAGUCGUUUGGAAUAUUAUUAUCUAUCUAUCAAGUCUUGUGAAGUUUAUCGCCUUUUUUUUUUUUUGAAAAGUUUAUUUUUUGUUAUUAUUAUUAUUGUUGAUACCGCAAAACACAAUAAUAAUAAUAUUGUGUGUACAAACUAAAUUAUAAUACACAAGAGAGAUAACGUCGGCUGCCGAGGUGAAAAUAAAAUUAACGCUACUAUUAUCACGUUCUGUUUCGGCGUACAAACCACACACACACACACACGGACAUUUUGCGUCGACGAUGAGAAACCAGUUUUCGUUACCGUUCGAUAAAAAAAUAGUUUUAAUGUGAGCAAACGGUUCGAGUUGCACAACAAAAACCACAACAACAACAACAACAACGCAGUCAACAUGGCCAUCUUUAGUGGCAACGAAUCGGCGUCCAUCAAAAAGCCCCUCGUCGACGAUCAGAAAACCGGUCCGGACAAAUCCGAAGCGCCACUCUGCAAAUUCAAGGUGGAAACGAACAACCGCUUUUGGAGUGUCGGUUCUAAAUUGGUCACCUGUCGAAAGUUCAUAACCGAAAAACAAGCCAAAUCACAAGAUAUCAAUAGAAUAGCGUUCUAUGACAAACUGAAACGCUUGGCCAAUUGCGAUAAGCCGACGGGAUCGUACGAACUCAGUCGACAAUUAAGCCACGAAGAAGAACUAUGGCAGAGCGAGCUCAAAGACCUAAUAUGGUUGGAACUACGUGCCAGGUUAACAGACCGAAGUAUAACGAGUCAGGACAAAUAUCUCUGCGAAGAGAGGAAAAAAAUUUGUCAACUGCUCGAUGAAAUUAUGCAUUUUAGUUACAAAUUUGACCGGACUCCAUCGAGCGAAUCGUCUGAAAUCGAUACUGAAAAUGUUGCUUCUACGGACAAGGAAACUAUUCAAUGUUGGGACCGUAGUGGCUGUCUAAAGUUGUUUUGUAGCCGAUGCAUUGAACAACAGAAUAUGGCUUUACGGCAAGUCGAACAGCUCAUGGAAAGAUUGGAAUACGUCGAGUCGCUGUUUCCGUCCAGUCGUGCAUUUGCCGCUCAUUAUCCUUUGUACAAAAGCUCAGAUUUCACUAAUCGUGUUAAAGCCAUGUGCGUGUGGUACAACAUAACAAAGCGACAGCGUUUGAUGUUGUUGAUUCUCGGGAGACAUUUAAUGAAAGAACAAGAAUUUCUCGAGCCUUCGUCCGGUAUGAAUGUGAUAGCCAGUACAAAUUGUUCUCCCAGUACGUCCAACGACAGCGGCAAAGGUUCUUUGACACCGUCGCCCGAAGACAGCGUCACGGAAAAACCAGAGUUCAAGUUGAAACGAUCCAGUGCCAACUACCGCGAACCUAUAUCGUACAAGGAUCUUGAUGUGUACAACACGCAGCCUAUUGCUACUCUGAGGCAACAUUUCUUCCCGUAUUCAAUGGUUCCUAACUCGGACACGUGUGAUGCAUCGUUAACGUACAGUAAUUUUUUCAGACAAUUCAUCACUGGAGUUUUAAAAACAAAAGGACUAAGAAAAGCGUUGAAAUUUCUCGACUCGCUCUACAAAAACGCUCUGCGCAAAGCACAUUUAACGCUCAAAGAUCCGUCCGUAACGGAAGACGAAACUAAGGAACCGUAUCCUCACGACGAAGAACUAUUGCGAUACAAUUAUUGGAGCGACGAAUCGCAAGCUUUGAAUUUACCAUCGUACAGAGCUGCUUUUAUAUUUUUGUCUCGUAUUUCGUUGGAUCUGAUUCACACGUAUCUUCAUAUGAGACUCGACACGAGACCGGAGAAGCCUUCGAUCAUGAGUAUUCGACAGUUGACUUGCGAACUCAAAGAAGGUCUACUGUUGGCCGUAGUGCAUAGAAGACGGUUUGUACGUCAUGUACAAUCGACGCUGUGGUCCGACAUGGAAAAGGACAUGAAGAUAUUCGAAGAACGCAUUUACCAUUUCGACAUGUGUUCCAAAAGAGUGUUGGAGGUUUACCUAGGCUACAUGGAAGAGUGGGUGGUAAUGAUGGAACAUUGUAGAGCGCAGAAAAAUAUCCUGGAGGAAGAAUGGAACGAUCUAAAGGUCAUAAUGCCGCAUAUACCCAACUCGAGGCCGUUGGUGACCCAAACGUUUUGUCAAAUCGCCAAACAAAUGCUGGAAACGACUGCCGUAAAUUUCACCAACAACAUAUUGGAACACUCCAAAAUAAUAACAAAUGUCGAUCAAUCUCAAACCAAGCAAAACGUUUUGUCGGUGUGUCGAGAACUGCAAAGCGUUUUGGGGUUGUAUCGCGAAAAAGCUUUAUUGGUGAUGUCACUAGUGAAAACCAUUUGCAAAGACCUGAUCGAACACUUUAGAAAGUACGAGAAAACCGAUACUGAAACCUACACGACCAAUUUACCGCCGAUUUGGUUGACGAUGAAACCGUUGAAGGAAAAAGUUUUCGAAGUUUGUCAACGUAUUACCGAAGUGAUAAUGUCCGUAGAACAAGCGUUCAACACGUGCAACAACGAUAAUAUCGACGAUGCGACUCUAGCGCCUCGUGUACGCGACGUUCUACAGCAGAUGUAUAAAUUUGCAUUCGAGUAUCACAAAGAAGCGAACAGAAUAGCGUGUGGUCCUUUUAAGGAUCAGAUGGCUAUGUACAACAUGUCCAUUUCAAAACUGUGGAUUAAUUUUGUUCACGAACGCUACGAACGAGGUCGCGGGUUGAAACCCAAGUGGGCUAACACGGGCUUGGAGUUUCUGUUGAACGUCUGUGAACCGCAAAACAUUGCCGGACUAAGCGAUGACGAUUUUAAGGAUUUUAAAAACCAAAUAGAAGACUGCGUCGUUUAUAUCAUCGGAACGCACGACGAUAACUCGGCAUUAUCCAACAACGCUAACCCUUUUAAGAAAAAACGUUCGGCCACAGCGAUCGAAGGAAUGAACAAAAUCAUCAAGACUGAACGAUUUUCUAAAAACGACGUGGAACGAAGCGUGCGUGUGAUGGACGCAAUAAACAAACUGGACCACAAGCUCGAAGAGAAGUUGAGGUCGCAAGACUUGAUCGGACACAUCAGCACAACGGAUUACAACUUUGAACGUGUCGAGUACAUUCGCCCUCGUCCUGUGCAUUUUAGUUGGCAGCGAGGCAUAAAAAUCGGACAAGGACGCUUCGGCAAGGUGUACACGGCCGUAAACAACGAAACUGGCGAAUUGAUGGCCAUGAAAGAAAUACAGCUGCAACCGUUCGACCACAAAGCCAUCAGAAACGUGGCCGUAGAGUUGAAAAUAUUCGAGGGUAUUGUCCACGAAAACCUCGUCAGAUACUACGGAGUUGAAAUUCAUCGAGAAGAAAUGGUGAUAUUUAUGGAAUUGUGCGCUGAAGGCACGUUGGAAAGUUUAGUUGCCGCCACGGAAAACGGACUGCCGGAAGGACUGAUACGAAGGUUUACGAAACAAUUGGUCAGCGGAGUGGACGUUCUGCACCAGCACGCUAUUGUCCAUAGAGACAUCAAAAGCGCCAAUAUAUUUAUAACGGCCGAAGGCAAUUGCUUGAAGUUGGGCGAUUUUGGUUCGGCGGUGAAAAUGAAAGCGCACACGACCAUACCGGGAGAACUCAAGGGUUUUGUGGGAACGCAAGCUUAUAUGGCCCCCGAAGUAUUUAUGAAAUCAAACACGGAAGGACACGGCAGAGCGGCCGACAUUUGGUCGAUAGGAUGUGUAGUGAUCGAAAUGGCUUCGGGAAAAAGACCGUGGUCCGAGUAUGAUUCCAACUAUCAAAUCAUGUUCAAAGUGGGCAUGGGCGCUUCGCCGACCAUUCCGGACACAUUGAGUACCGAAGGACAAGAGUUCAUCGAAUUCUGUCUGCAACACGACCCGUGCUCGAGAGCGACCACCGCCGAUCUGCUGGACGACAAUUUUAUAAAAGUCAUGCCGGAAGAUUGUGUUUCGUGUCGAAUAUCUUCAAUCACGAUGCUCGAAGAAAGUCUGAAGCUCGGUUUGCGACGAUGAGUGGCCGUAGAGCGUUUUCUUCGUUUUUCUUUUUAUCGUGUUAAUUUUUUUUUAACUAUAUUUUUAAUCAUUUACUCGUUUCGAUAGAAAUGUUAAUUAUCAUUGUUUUUUUUUUAUACAUAUAUAUAUAUACGUCUCGCCGUCAAAGCGCGCGUUGUACGUCGAACGAAAAAAGUAACGUUUUUGUGUUAUUAUUAAAAAAAAAAUAUUUAUUAUUUGCCGCACUGACCACAGUUGAGUUAUCGAAGUAAUCGAGCUAUCGAAAUUCAGCGACGCCUGUAAAACUUAUCCGUAGAAGAUUUGUUUUCGUUUUACACGUCGCACGAAGUACGAUGAUUUAAUUACUAGCGUUUUUUUUUUUCAAUUUAUUUUGCAUUUAUAUUGUAUAGUUUUUUUUUUUCAUACAUUAUUUAUUAUUAAACCGUGUACCGUGAACUUAACUAUUAUCAUAUAUGGUUUUCUUAAAAACGAUAAUAUUAAUAUUAAAUAAAACGUCUGUAUGCCGUACACCGCCAUAAUUAUAUGUUUGAAAUCAAAAACUUUUUAAUUUUAUAAUAUUAACAAAAUAAGUCUCGUAUUUAUUUAUUUAAUUAUUAUUAUUAUAUAUUUUUUUAUUGAUUUUUUUUUAUACACUAAAACGGGAAGCAUACAAGUAUGCACUCCGGUGUUUGCUUUGCUCACAACGGCCGUUCCUAGGUUGAAUAUUGUAAAUAAUAUUGUAAUCCGAAUUGAAAAAUAGAAAUAAUUUCAUAAAUAAAUGUUACGUUAUGUCGUCUAGUAUAUAAGACGGUAUGUUAUUGUGUUUAUAUAGUUUUAUAUAUUGAUUUAUUAUUAUUAUUAUCGUUGAUGUUACAUUUCGUUGAGUUAUUCAGUGUAUCGAACCGAUACAUCUUAUUAUUAUUAUUUAUAUUUGAAUAUACUUAUCUUUGUUUUUUUUUUGUCAUUAAUAUUAUUUUUUUAUUAUACUUCUAUUAAGGUUGAUUCAUUUUA